CACACACACUCACGCACUGUAACCGUUUUGCAAGUUAGCUAGCGAGAGCUGACUACUAAGUAUGGCGGAGUCACAGAAACCGGCGUCGUUUAACGAAUCUGGCAUAUACUUCUUCAAUGACGAUUCAAACGCCGUUUUCCUGGACCCCGUUCGCGUUCUUAACCAUUCCUAUAACAGAUUCAAUGUCUCUCCUUCCACCUACUAUCCUCGUUUCUUCGAAUCCCCGCGUAACGAACCUCUCUCCACCACCGUAACUACCUCGGAACAACAACCAAAACGGAAACGGAAACGGAACAAGAAGAAGGAACCUCCACCGUUGAACGCCAGAGAACAAAUCGCCAAUCGCCGUCACCAGGAAGCAAGGCCUUUGUUGUUGAAGGCACAUGAGAGUUUGCUACAAUGUACCGAAAUGUUGGAUGUAUUGAGAACCUUGAGAAAUGAUUCUUGUGGCUGCUCAAAGAGGGAGCAUAAUGGAGGGAAAUCGUCAGAUGACUUCGCAAAUGUGCAAUGCUGUGAGCAGAGGGUGCUUCCUGCAUUCAAUAAUUUGGUCACUAACGACACCGAGGAUGAUGUUGUAGCUGAAAUUUUGAACAAUCAUUAUAUAGUGCCUCGACAGAGUUGUUUUUACAUGUCUGAUCUGGGACAGAUUCGCAAUCUAAUUCCUGCUAAUGCUGACUCUGGUUUCAACCUUAUAGUAGUAGAUCCACCAUGGGAAAAUGCUAGUGCCUCCCAGAAAUCAAGGUACCCAACCCUGCCCAACAGAUACUUUUUAUCCGUUCCUAUUAAGCAACUUACUCACACUGAUGGUGCACUUGUAGCCUUAUGGGUGACCAACAGAGAGAAGCUUCGCAGUUUUGCAGAGAAUGAGCUUUUUCCUGCAUGGGGAGUUGGCUAUGCUGCUACUUUUUAUUGGCUAAAGGUGAAAGCAAAUGGAUCCUUGAUUGGUGAUAUUGAUCUCUUCCAUCAUAGGCCAUAUGAAUGCCUUAUUCUGGGAUACAUCGCUGGGAAGGUGAACAAUUCUUCUAAGCAUUCAAAAUUUAAACCUGUGAAGGAUCAUCAUGUGAUUAUGACCAUUCCCGGUGAUUACUCAAGAAAGCCCCCAAUUGCAGAUUUGUUAUUGGAUUAUGUUCCUGGGCUCCGACCUCCUCGAUGCAUAGAACUGUUUGCUAGGGAACUGACAGCUGGUUGGGUUUCUUGGGGGAACGAACCCCUUCACUUCCAAGAUUCUAGAUAUUUUGUCAAAAGAUAGAUAGAUAAUAGAUACUAUACUUCUUUGCAGUAAGGUGCUAACCAAGCGACCACAUGUUUAAUUUUUUCUUCUCUCCUCGUGGGGUGGUAUAAGGUUAUGCGGUAGGCCGGAGUUUUGUGCAUUAUGGUGUUCAAUAGAUAGAUGAUUAUUGUACAAGUGAAAUAUGAUCAAAUUUUUGUUCAUGCCUGAAUUUGUAUCGUCUAUUUCUGGUGCUGCUUUUUUGCUGCAUGUUAUGUUGACUGAAUAUUAUUUAGGGUUUCAACUUAUCCGAUUAGAGGAAUUAUGACUGCUGCUCCUACUACAUGUUUUCUAUCCCCUUAUUUGAACUCGAGACUACUGAAAAGCAGACGAGUUUUUUAACCGGAGUAAUGUUGAUUGAAUUUUU